AUGGCUUCCGUUAAGUCUGUUGCCCUUCUGGGUCUCUCUUUGCUCUCGCAGGCAUCCGCUGUCAAGCUUUUGGCAUUGAACUUCGCAGGGCAGUUCUAUUCAUUGAAUCUGGCUUUCCAGUCAUCCACCAAAGCCUCUCUAAAGGUCGUCCAGAACAUCACCGCAUGCGGCGUGACGCCCACGUGGCUGCAUCUAGACGAAGAGACGCGCACCGUCUACUGCAUCGACGAAAGCUGGUUGAAUGAGGGACUAGGCAGUGGCAACCUCUCGCAGUGGUCCGCUGGACCCGACUUCAACAAGAAGGAUGCCUUGACCCUCACUGGUUCCACCGACACAGAAGGAAAUUCGGUGCAUGGCUUUACGUACGGAGGACCUGAUGGCAGGAGCUUCAUUAUCACUUCCGAAUACUCGCCUUCGACAAUUACAACAUACAGGCUACCUAUCACUUCCAGCACGAAGGCCCUUCAGAAACUCGAAUUCACGAUGGCUGCUCCUGGACCGCGUCCCGACCGCCAGGACAAACCCCACCCUCAUGCUGCGUUCACCGACCCGACCGGAGACUUCCUCAUCGUUCCUGAUCUUGGUGCAGAUCUCACUCGCAUCUUCAAGAUCGACGGGAAGACCGGUGAGCUCACCGCCUGCCCUGCAAUUGCUUCGCUUCCGGGUGACGGACCUCGUCACGGUCUCUUUCGCAAGACUGGACGCGCCUUGAAGUACUACUCCCUCAACGAAGUCAGCAGCUCUGUCGGAGUUUACGACGUUACGUACCCUGAUCACUCCCAUGGAUCUAAAGAGUCCUGCCUCUCGCUCAAGCUUGUCCAGACCCUCUCUAACUACGGCCCCAACGUUCCUCUCGGAAACGUCACCGUGAAAUCGGCCGAGAUCCGCACUGUCGGCAACUUCCUAUACGCGUCUAACCGCAAUGAUACCACCUUCGGAUUCGAACAGGACUCCAUCGCCAUAUUCAAGAUUGGCAAUGAUGGCAAGCUACAGUUUCAGGAGUUGACCAAUGCGCACGGAUACUACCCGCGAUCCUUCUCGUUCAACGAGGCAGGCACAUAUGCUGCUAUUGCUGGACAGACGACUGCAAAUAUUGCGAUUGUCAAGAGGGAUACAAAGACUGGAAAGCUCGGGCCAUUGGUCACUAACCUUAUUCUGCCGCCUAGAGGAACGUACGGUGGAGAGGAUGGAGUUAGCAAUGUUAUCUGGGUCGAGUAG